AUGAAUAUCCGAAAACUCUUCGACCAGAUUCAGCGCCGAGAUGCUUUUAAAGCCUUUUGGGCCUAUCCGGAAACAAAAAACCUCUCUAUGAUUUCUGAUAGGUUGGGAUACAUUAAGUCUGCUAAAGAACUUAAGAAUGCAAUAGCCCAAGUCUGUGCGCUAGUCUUUGAGAAGAAUGAAGAGGGUAGCUUUCUCUAUACUGAAGCUCAGAACCUUUUGAAAUUCGCUGAGAAUUUGAUUGAUAAAGCUUUAGUUACUGCCAGUGUAACUGGUACUUAUAUAGAUCAUUCUGGGACGAAAGAAGAGAAAGAUAGCAAUAAGUUUGUUCUUUGGGAGAAUGGCGUCAUUGAUAAAUUAUGCCAGCGCUACCAUGAAAGUCUUAUUGAGUUUACCAAAGACCUUUCCGUAACUGAAAUACAAGAACACGUUCGUAUUGUCCUCUUUGGAGGCAGCACAACCACUCAAAUAAGUCCAUAA